UACGAUAGAUAUCGCGAUAGUUGCAUUAUGAAGACCUAAAAAAUAAUCCAUGUUCCGUAAAUUCCUCCAUAAAGUAGCCAUGAAAGAACCCGAAUAAAGUGACAAUAACUUGCUCACACAGCCAAUUAAGAAUACAAUUAUAUCUUACAGUUUAUUCCUCUCUUUGCCUGUCUGGUGAAUGGACGUAUAAGGUUUUGCCCUUGGUAGCGAAAUGGACACAGGAGAAGUGAGGAAGAAAACAACACCAGGGGAUUUGUUCUCACAAACAAGACAUUGUGAGGGUAAACAACUCCAGUAAGUCUCUGGUCAUAUUUCCGUACGCUGCCUGACUGCUGAGCUGGAGUCUACAAUACAGGCUUCAACAGAAAUCCACAGGCUUUAUAUCCCAUUUACAACCUUUGCAGGCAAUUACUGCUCAGAGUAAGUGAACUCUCCAUGGCCCGUGUUCUUUCCCUGUUUCGGCAUCAGCCUUUUCGGGUUCACGUGGGCAGGCGAAAACCUGCGUUGUGCAAAAUGUCAAUGGACUCCAGGGCACGCAUGGUGUUUGCAGCUGCAGUGGAAGCUGUGCAGCCAGACACAGUGGUCCGACAGAGUAUAGAGCGCAAGCAGGACUCGGUCAUUAUCAAUGGUCACACAUUUACACUCAAACACAACCUGCAUUUGGUGGGCUUCGGAAAAGCUGUACUGGGUAUGGCUGCAGAGGCAGAGAGGAUUUUGGGGGAUCAUUUAGUCAAAGGAGUAGUAAGCGUGCCACAUGGGAUUCAGCAGACAUUGCAGCAGAACGGAAAAGACCACCUGUUGUUAAAAGAAAACAGUCGCAUCAGAGUCAUGGAGGGAGCUAAACACAACUUGCCUGAUACUGAUGCCCAGAAGGCCGCUGAAGUAAUCAAGCAAUUAGCCAGUGAACUGACGGAGGAAGACCUGCUACUUGUACUGAUAUCAGGUGGAGGUUCAGCGCUAUUACCUGCACCCAUCCCACCAAUCUCGUUGCAAGAGAAACAGGAUGUUACCCGCAAACUUGCAGGUGCUGGUGCCACUAUUCAAGAGCUGAACACUGUGCGACGCGCCCUGUCUUUGUUGAAGGGUGGAAGACUUGCGCAUUAUGCUCACCCUGCCCAGGUAGUUUCACUGAUACUGUCAGAUGUUAUAGGGGACCCUCUGGACUUCAUUGCCAGCGGCCCCACAGUACCAAGUGAGGUGUGGCCUGAAGAAGUUUUAUCAGUCCUUGAACAUUACAAGCUGUUGAACUCGCUUCCAGCCUCAGUAAAGGAGGUCCUUGAGAGACCAAGUCCAAGUAGGAGCCAUAAAACAAAUGAAUCCAGCAGAUCGGGGCGUGUUCUCAACACUGUCAUUGGAUCCAACAGCAUUGCCCUCAAGUCGGCAGGUCGCCGUGCUCUAGAGUUAGGUUUCCGCCCUCUUGUGCUGGCACCAGGAGUGUGUGGUGAUGUGAGGGCAGUCUCCAAACUCUACGGCCUUCUGGCCCGCUUUGCAUGUUCUCGAGAGGAACCUCCUCCAGAGAUUGCUGCUGAGCUGCUGAAGCUGGGGCCUGAAGUUGGAGUGGAGAGCUGGGACCUCUGCCGUACCAUGCAGGUUCUGGGUGAAGGACGUACAGAAGGAUGGGGAUCCACGUGUCUGUUAGCCGGAGGUGAGCCCACCGUGGAGCUGACAGGCAAGGGUCGAGGUGGUCGUAACCAGGAGCUGGCUCUGCGAGUGGGACUGGAGCUGAGAGGCAUGCAGCUCCCGCCUACCGGCCCCGUCUUCCUGAGCGGUGGAACUGAUGGUCAGGAUGGACCCACUGAUGCAGCGGGGGCCAUCACGGACGGGGGGUUGUACGAAGAGGCACAAGCACAGGCGCUGGACGUCAACAACUUCCUCACCAACAAUGAUUCUUACACGUUUUUUUCACGUCUUUCUGCUGGGCAGCGCUUACUUGUACCUGGCUUAACCUGCACCAAUGUGAUGGAUGUGCACAUGCUGCUAAUUCCACCAAUCCCUAUUAACAUAGGAUAAAGCUCACAAAAUAAGAGGAUCUAGUUCUAGGGAAUACAUCAAAUAAAUAAAGUAAUUUACUAGUC